AUGGCUCCCAAGGCUAGUGCAACCAUGGCUUUUCUACUCUCUCUCAACCUUCUCUUUUUCACAAUGGUCACUUCAACUACAUCCACUUGCCCCAAGGACACCCUUAAGCUCGGGGUGUGUGCUAACUUGUUGAAUGACUUGGUGCACCUUGUUGUGGGAACCCCACCAAAGUCCCCUUGUUGCAGCCUCAUCCAUGGUCUUGUUGAUCUUGAGGCAGCUAUUUGUCUUUGCACUGCUAUCAAGGCCAAUGUUCUAGGCAUCAAUCUUAAUGUCCCCCUCUCAUUAAGCCUGUUAUUGAAUUAUUGUGGAAAGAAUGUACCAAAAGGCUUCCAAUGUGCCUAA